AUGCCCCCAGCAACAGAAACAACGCCCCUCCUGGCACCGGGACUCUUACCACUAUCCCUAUCAUCACCCUCGUUAUCUCCAUCGCCCUCACCCUCACCCUCAUCCUCAAAUCCACCCUCCAAACCCGUCCCCGCAAAACCCAAAGCCAAAACCACCCCACCCCCCAAGACGCCAUUCCCCCCCUCCCAAAAACGCCUCAUAAUCCUCACAGCCUCCCUAGCCUCAACCUUCUCCCCCCUAAGCUCAAACAUCUACUAUCCCGCCCUGAUUGCCCUCGCCUCCGACCUGCACGUCAGUCCGUCACAGAUAAACCUCACGAUCACGACGUACAUGGUCUGCCAAGCUCUCUCCCCAACCCUCACAGCAACGCUUUCCGAUACACACGGGCGCCGACCAGCCUACAUACUCUGCCUGAGUCUAUACAUCGCGUCAAACAUCGCUCUAUCCCAAGUCCACUCGUACAAAUCCCUCCUUCUUCUCCGCGGACUCCAGAGCACCGGAAUCAGCGGCACCGUCGCGCUGGCCGCGGCCGUGGCGGCGGAUAUCAUUGAGCCCGCUGAGCGGGGGAUGUACAUGGGUUUCACGUCUCUGGGGAACAUUCUGGCACCGAGUCUGGGGCCCGUUUUGGGGGGUGUUAUUACGGGGAGUAGGUUUGGGUGGAGGGGUGUUUUUGGGGUCCUUGCCGGUGCGGGGAUCGUUGUGUUGGGGGUGUUGGUGGUGGUUUUGCCGGAGACGAGGAACGCCAGUCCGUCCUGCAAGAAAAGGGCCGGGGGGCAAGAGCAAGAGCAAGGACAAGGAAGUGAAUCAACGCCAGCGUGCACAGAUGGGCUUGUCAAGAAACAGAGGAACCUCGCCGUUCUGAAUCCAUUUGCGUCUCUGCGGCUGCUGGGACACCGGCCCACCGGUCUGAUUCUCCUCUCGAACGGGCUCGUCUUCGCAAGCUACUACGCCGUGACGGCGGGGAUCCCAGCGCAGUUCAAGCGGCUCUAUGGACUGGAGGAUAUGGGGAUCGGGCUUGUUUUCGUGCCAGCGGGUGUAGGGUCGUUGGUUUCUGCGGCGUUUUGCGGGAAGGCUGUUGAUCGGAAUUAUAGGAAGGUGCAAAGAGAGUAUCAAGAGACGAGGAGAAGUGCGGAUCGAAGUCGAACAAGGACGGAUCAGGAAUUCCCUAUUGAACGCGCAAGACUGCAGAUAGGGGGUCCAAUGACGCUCCUCAGCGCACUCGCAAUCCUGCUCUACGGUGUGGUUCUCGAUCUGCGGCCUCCCCUCGUGGUUGCCCUGAUCCUGAUCUUCCUCGUCUCAUUCUCCAUCACAGCCUCCUACAACGUGAUGAACGUACUACUGGUCGAUCUGUACUACAGCACACCGGCAACCGUAAUGGCAACAAACAACUUCGUGCGGUGCUUUCUCGGCGCGGCGAGUACAGCCCUUGUCACGCCGAUGAUCGAGAGGUUUGGCAACGGGCGGACAUAUGGCCUUGUGUCGGCGGUGAUUGCGGUAGUUUGCUGGCCGAUUCUGGGCAUGGUCUAUGCGAACGGCGUACAGUGGCGAGUACAGAGGGAAAGCGAGCGAAACAGAGGUCUCGGUGAGAGCGAUGGAACGGUAUAG